CUUCAAUUUAUCGCACAUAUCUCCAUUAUGAUACCUGCUUCGACAAAUGAUUUUGGUUAAAAGAUUCAAAAUAAAGUUGCAGUGCGCUAAUGAAGUAAAAGAAGCAUAGGUCCCAAACUAGAAUAAUGGAAGACUUUCUUAUAUUAGUCGCGUCCACCAUCCCUUCUAUUGAGGUACUUACAGCUUUUAAUCCGUACAACCAAGAUCCUGCUUGGCUCCCAAAUAACGCAGGACAAACAUAUAUUUGCAGAGAAAGCUACAUAUCAUUCGCUUCUGUAACCUUUACGGUAUAUCUCAAUACAUCAACUAUUCCCUCCCAUUCUCAACCCUAUCGACGUAUAUCCAUGGACACAAUCUUCAAAUCUGCUAUUCAUAUUUGUUUAUCUCACAAAAACUCAAUGCAGCUACUAUAUCCUAGAUGUAACGCUAGGAACGCAGGCCCUUUUAGUCUAAAACACGCAUUGCCCAUUCAAGCACGUAAUUUACUAUCAAAGCAAACAUUGCACUCUGUCUCUUUUAGUUAUGCAGCUACAGUUGCCAACAUUGCUGAUUCUGCUAAUCCUAUGGGUGAAGAUGUUACAGGAAAUGAAAAUGGUUUUGAUAUAAACUCUUCCCUGAACAUACGAAAUAUUCAGUCGAGCUUCUUAAUGAAUAAACAGCGGAUGAAAUCCUCCUACGAAAGCACCCGAACCAGGACUGGAACGUCUGAUGAAUUUGGAUGCUUAUGUCUAUUUCGUAAACAAGCUGGUAAUUCUUCUGCGCCUGGGAAAUCAUACCUGCUAAUACUGAGUCGGACGCAAUCUUCAUUUCUUAAGACUUCGUCAGUUCGCAAAGCAGCUUAA